AUGGAGUACAGGGUUUCGGGUCUCUCGCAGUUUACCCCUGGGUUCAACCUGUCAAGACGAACAAGCCAUAUUUAUACAGCACCGACAAAUAAAGGUACUUUUACAAGAACGGGAAUAUAUACUAUUGAAGAACCAAGAAAGAAAAUUCUAAAGCGGCCGAAAGCCAAAGAAUAUGAAAUCAUCUACAAAGCGUACUUGGAAAUUAGAGAAGAAAGCAGCGUUCUUCGGAAAGAGAAUCAAAAACUUAAAGACGAUCUGCUGGAUGCCAAAGGAAAGACACUGUCCUUAUCACGAGAGAAUGAGGAGUUAAAAGAAGAGCUUUCCGUCCUUCGCGAAACAGCGAACUGGGGGCACAUUAUUCGAGAAAAAGACGAAGAACUGAAAAGGUUGCAGGAGUUCAUUCGUAAAAUGACCUAUGAUAAGGCGGAGGCCAUCAAUAACAAAUCAGUUGCUGAACAAGCUGUUGGCGAUUUAAAGUCAAAACUUCGAAGCAAAGACCGAGAAGUAAAAGAAGCGAAAGAGUUGGAAAAAAUUCAAAGCAGAGCAAAAAUUCUAAACGAGACGGAGAAGUUACGAAACGAGAGAAAUAACGCGGUUGCCAGUCUCACGCAGCUAGAAGCACUGGUCGAAAAACUUCGACAAGAGACGAGCCAUGUGACGAAAAUAAGCGAGGAGCGAAAAAUGGUCAUUCAGGAACUUCACAAGAGGCUGACAAAUAAAGACAAACACGUGGAAGAACUGAGGAAGCAGCUGGCCAUGUCUCGCCUUUUUAAUAAGUAA